CUGGCGGCCGGGCGGCCCCAGGGCGGGCGGGCGGCGGCGCUAAGGCCCGGCGGGGCGGCGCGGAGCUGCCGUGUUGACAGCGCCGGGAGCUGGCCGGGAAGGGGAGCAGGUUGGCGGCGGCGGCGGCGGCGGUGGUGGAGACGCCGCCGGGUCCCCCGCUGCCCUCCGCGGCAUGGCUUUCAUGGAGAAGCCGCCGGCCGGCAAGGUGCUGCUGGACGACACGGUGCCGCUGACAGCGCAGAUCGAGGCGAGCCAGAGCCUGCACUCCCACACGGAAUACAUAAUCCGUGUUCAGAGAGGAAUUUCAGCAGAAAACAGUUGGCAGAUUGUGAGGCGAUACAGUGACUUCGACUUGCUUAAUAAUAGCUUGCAGAUCUCAACUCUAAGUCUACCUCUUCCUCCAAAAAAGUUGAUUGGAAAUAUGGAACGUGAAUUCAUAGCUGAAAGACAGAAAGGACUCCAGGCCUAUCUCGAUGUAAUUACUUCCCAUCACAUACUGUCUAACUGUGAACUCGUAAAAAAAUUUUUGGACCCAAACAGCUAUUCUGUAAACUACACUGAAAUUGCCUUACAGCAUGUUUCAAUGUUCUUCCGAUCAGAGCCAAAGUGGGAAGUGGUGGAGCCAUUAAAAGAUAUAGGUUGGCGAAUACGUAAGAAAUAUUUCUUAAUGAAGAUAAAGAAUCAACCAAAGGAACGGCUAAUGUUAAGCUGGGCUGAUCUAGGCCCUGAUAAAUACUUGUCUGACAAAGACUUACAGUAUGCUGUGAAACUUCUUUCUUCCUGCUCUCAUCCCUAUAUUUACAAAAUCACUUUUGCCACUGCCAAUGAAUCUUCAGCACUGGUUAUUAGACCAUUCAGUGAAAAAGGGACACUAAAGGACCUUAUUUAUAAGGCAAAACCAAAAGACCCAUUCCUGAAGAAGUAUUGCAAUCCUAAAAAAAUUCAAGGUCUUGAACUUCAGCAAAUAAAAACAUAUGGAAGACAAAUAUUAGAGGUAUUAAAAUUCUUACAUGAGAAAGGAUUUCCUUAUGGCCAUCUUCAUGCUGCCAAUGUAAUGUUGGAUGGGGACACGUGCAAGUUAUUGGAUCUAGAAAAUUCCUUGUUGGGACUUCCAUCAUUUUAUCGAUCAUACUUUUCACAGUUUCGGAAAAUUAAUACUUUAGAAAGCAUUGAUGUACAUUGCUUUGGGCACUUACUGUAUGAAAUGACAUAUGGAAGACCCCCAGAUACAAUUCCAGUAGACAGCUUCCCUCCUGCACCAUCCGUGUUUGUUGUGUCUGUGUUGGAAUCCAUUCUGACCUGUGAAGCUAUGAAGAAUGGCAUGCCAACUGUUUCACGGCUCUUACAGAUGCCAUUAUUCAGUGAUGUCCUGCUAACAAGCUCUGAGAAACCACAGUUUAAGGUUCCUACUAAGCUAAAAGAGGCAUUGAAAAUGUCCAAGGAAUGCAUAGAAAAAAGAUUAACAGAAGAACAGAAAUUGAUUCACCAGCACAGAAGACUGACAAGAGCGCAGUCUCAUCAUGGCUCUGAAGAAGAAAAAAAGAAAAGGAAGAUCUUAGCAAGAAAGAAGUCAAAACGCUCUGCCUAUGAAAGUGGGGAAGAACACUCAGCAAAAUACAGCAACUCAAAUAACUCAGGCUCUGGGGCGAGUUCCCCAUUAACAUCUCCAUCAUCCCCCACGCCACCCUCUACAGCAGGAGCAUCGUCGAUACCCCCAGCACCGCCACCGCCGCCCCUGCCACCAGCAGCUCCUCCUCCAAGUACAGAGGUGCCAAUGCAGCCGAGCCCUCAGCCCGCCAUCAGCGCAAGCCGAGGAGCUUUACUCAGCUCCAUUCAAAACUUUCAGAAAGGAACUCUGAAGAAAACACAGACGUGUGACUACAGCGCUCCCAGGAUCAGCUGAGGCUACCGGUUCCACCAGGAUUGAAUUCCCCUUCCCCUUCCUGUGCUGUCUCAGAACAAGCCCCUUCUGCGUGGCGACAUUCACCAGCAUAGAGCGGCUAACCACGCUGUAGCUCCAUUUUACCCCUCUUUCAGCUUUCCUUGAGCAGCAGCACUACACUGUGGAUUGCAUUGCCAUGCUAAAUAUUCUAUUCUUUUAUUUGGUUUUAAGAACUUUUUUCUCUAGCUACACUAUCUGGGCUGUAUGGCUGAAUAAAAAUCUGAAAAUAGGAACGACCACAAUCAAGGUGAAUUGAAGCUUUUUUUUUUUCUAGUUGUUUCCCCACUUUUCUUUCCAAAUUACAGGAAUCUAGUUUUAGUCUGCUGUAAGAUUUUUUCAGUACUAUUCAUAUAACUGUAACUCAUCUCACUCUUCCUGCAUCGAAUCAGCAAGUUUUGUUUUAGGUAAUCCAAAAAAGUAAAGCCAACCCACCAAACCAACCUUUGAAGUAUACUGCACAGGUGAGGGAACUGGAGAAUUAAAUCUUAUUCCCACCGUAUUUGUUGGUGGAGUAAAAAUGCUGUCUCAAACUUGUUUUAAUGGACAUCCUACCUGCAACUCUAAAGGAAAGUUUUUUUAAGUAAGGAAACAGGUGAAAUGGGAGUUAAGAGGGCACCGGGAUAUUAUUCAUGAUUUAGUUAAAUGGGACUUUACUUCAAGUUAAUUUUACAGCUUAAACUUUAUUGAAAGAUCCUUUUUGAUUUGACUAAAACCUUAAAUUGCACUUUAAAGGAUUAUAGAUAAUCCAUUUUUUAAAUUCAGAUACAUCAGUGUUUGUUACUAUGCAGAGAAUGUCUGUACAAAGUUUCAUGUAACCUGUGAUAUUCAGUCAUUUUUAUUAAAAUGGUAAUGGAAUUCC